AUGGCAAACCCUAGAACACGUUUAAUAACUUCUUACUCACUGUACAUAUCUCUCGAUCGAUCAUGGAAUCAGGUGAUGAAGAGAGUGAGAUACGAAGCUAGCGAAACAAAAUCAGAGAGAACAGUUUUUUUAGAAAGAAGAAAGAUUCGCUUUUCCAGAAGAGAGAGAACGAAAAUGGCGUCUUCAAGCUCUCCAUGCGCAGCUUGUAAGUUUCUAAGAAGAAAAUGCACGCAAGAAUGUGUAUUUGCUCCAUAUUUCCCACCUGACCAACCUCAAAAAUUCUCAUACGUUCACAAAGUCUUCGGAGCAAGUAACGUCGCCAAGCUUCUCAACGAACUCGCCUCUAACCAAAGAGAAGACGCCGUUAACUCUCUUUUCUACGAAGCCGAAGCUCGACUUCGCGAUCCGGUUUACGGUUGCGUCGGUUUAAUCUCAAUCCUUCAACAUCGUCUCAAACAGCUUCAACACGAUCUUGAAAACGCCAAGAAAGAACUCGCUGCUUACGCUGGUCCUCAAGCCAUGCUUCCUAUUCUCCAAACGCAGCAUCCUCAACCGCAUUUCAUGUCUCUACCGCCGCAACCGCAGCGACCGUCUUCUUCCUCGGCGUCUGUGCUGACUCAGCAGCAUCAUCAUAAUAUGUUGCCAAUGAUGGCUAUUCCAACUGGACAAUUGUACCAUCAGCAGCAACAGCAACAACAACAGAUUUUUGAGGCUCAACAACUAGCAGCGGUUAAUGCGGUUGCGAGAGAGCAACAUGAUGAAAUGUUUAGAGCUUACGGAGGAGGAGGCAGUAAUAAUAGUCCACAUCAUCAUCAAAACCAACCUCAGGUUGAGAUUUUGAGGUUUAAUCAUGGUUUUGACUCUGUACCAACCGGCUCGGUUACGGUAACCGGAUUUAAUCAGUUAAGCUCCAGCGGUACAACUGUAACCGGGAUGUCACCGUCUUUGGCUCUUGGUGGUAACUUUGUUGAUAGUCCUCCAGCGAAUGAUAAUUAUCAUACGGAUCAGCAAUUACAUCAUCAUCAACAGCAACAACACCACGAGGCUCAGCUAUUCAUACCUACACAACCUUCUCAACCGCUACCGCUUCAAACGCAGGAGACGCAGACGCAGCCGAAUUCAGAGAGCGAGGAGGGAAGAAGGAGUAUCAUUGGUUCAUCUCGUGAAGAGGUUAACCCAAAAGCCGUAUCAAAUUGA